GCUGUUGUCUGUGGUCAGUUGUUCCUUGCCAUAUCCCGUAGAUACACAGCUCUUGAACAAGAUCCUCCUCAGGACUGGACUCCCCGAGCCCGCCUAGCUGAGUGAAUGGAGAGGGGCGUGCUUCCAAAGCCUCUAUUCCCCCCUUGCCUUUCCUGCUUUCAUCCCAACUCCCCUCUGCCAAGAAAAUACCAGACACACGCAUUUUUCUCCUCCAAUAAAAUCUUCCAACCAUAUCUAAGCCGCAACGACGCCGAGCAGAGCCGCAAUGACGCGCGCAGAGCCGCACUCGGCCGGCCCAAACGACAUCACUGGCCGAGAUUCUGUGACUCCCAAUCUCCAUCUGAUCUUGUCAGUUGUUCCCAAGUGGAGACCAAGCAGGCAACGAGACCAUUGUUUACUCUUCUGUUCGCUCGAGAUAACCAGAUUUGCGAGCAGAUAGCGGAAUUCGCAAGGCCCCACCCGUAGAGCGUGGGUCACAAAUUCCCAGUAUAUAUUGAGCACUUCCCAUCCUCGUCUGCCCUCCCAAUUCUCUUCUCUCCCAGGCUCAACAGGAUCAUCUUCUUCUUCUCUUGUUCUCAAGCAUCUAACCUGUCCCACCACCCAUUCGCCACUCCUUUGCCUUUGCCCAAGCCUCUCUUUACCGCCAAAAUGGUCUCUGUUACCUUCUUUGCUACCAUCCUCUCCAUGGGGCUUGCUGUCCUUGCAGCCCCGGCCAACUUCAACAACACUUCGGUGGUCGAGGCCCGCGACAGCUGUGACUCCACGAAGUCUUUCUGUCCCAAGGGUGACCGCGGUCAGUGCAACCCCGGAGUUGACGGGUGCAUGCAUAUCUAUUAUUGCGAGCACAUCUGGUCGCAGGGCGACUGUGCUCACAGUUACUCUUGGACCGGCGAGUGUCAUAACAUUCCCGCCAAAUUUGACAAUGCCAUCAGCUCCAUUGCCAACGAGAAUGUCGACCAAUCCGACUGCCACUGGUUUGAUGGUGCGGAUUGCACCGGCGCCCAGUAUUCGAACGAGAACGACCAAAACCUUGCCGAUGGCAAUGGUUGGUGGAACGACCGUAUCAGCUCCUACCGCUGCGACUACCAUGGCCCGGCUUCUUAA